AUAGAAAAUUUUGAUUUGUUUUGGUUAGUUUGAAGAUCUUCGAGAGUUACAAUAAAAAUGACCAAACUAGCGGAUAAUGUUAAUCCCGACGUUUACGAGAAAGGUUCCGAGCGAGAGGUAACUUCCGCAGACCACGACGAGGAUGUAACAGAUGAGUUUGACGAACGGGAAAUUUUCGACCUUAUCCGGAACAUCAACGAUCCUGAACACCCCCUGACCUUGGAGGAGCUUCAUGUGGUGGAAGAGAAGAAUAUUGCGGUCAAUAAUAAGGAGAAUACGGUGGACGUGACGUUUACGCCGACUAUUCCUCAUUGCAGUAUGGCUACUUUGAUAGGCUUAUCGAUCCGAGUGCAACUCCUGCGAGCCCUGCCCAGCCGGUUCAAAGUGACCGUAUCGGUAACAGAAGGCACCCACAUGUCAGAACAUGCAGUCAAUAAACAAUUGGCUGACAAGGAACGAGUGGCGGCAGCUUUGGAGAACAACAAUCUUGUACAGAUUAUCAAUCAAUGUGUUGCUGUCAAAUAGGAACAAUGACUUUUUAUUUUUUAAAUCAUUUAUUUUUCUCCGCAAAACAAGUGUCUUAAUACUAAGGUACAAAGAUUGUAGAAGUACUGCUAAUAACUGACUAGGACAUGUAAAACAAAACAUAAAUAAAAAUAGGCAUACAUACUAACAUAUAGACACGUCUAUAUCGCUUGCGGGGUAGACAGAGCCGACAGUUUUGAAAAAAGUGAAAUGCAAUGCUCAGCUAUACGGAUCUAUGAUGGAAAUGAGAUUCAAAUAGUGACAGGUUGCUAGCCCAUCGCCUUAAAGAGGCAUCCCAAGUUUAUAAGCCUAUCCUUUAGUCGCAUUUUACGACAUCCGUGGGAAAGAUAUGGGAGUGGUCCAAUUCUCCAUAAAAUGCCGGGAAUAAAAAAAAACAAUGUAAAUAUAAUAUUUUUUUUGUAAUAAGUCAUAUUUUGUUCUUUAAUAUAAUGUAAAUAUUAGCAAAUAAAUGUAAGUAGUUGUUUA